UUAUUUUUUUGUAGGCUUAAAGCAACCCUGCUCCACCAAGCCUUUUCUCUAUCAAUUUUACAUUUUCACAAUCCUUCACAGGGGUAAAACAUCUAUGUGUAAUUUAACACUAAGCCAUUUAUCAAUCAAUUUUACAUUUUCACAAUCCAUCACAGGGCUAAAACGUCUAGGUGUAAUUUAGCUAUUAAUUCAAUUUUCCAGAUUCUGUAGAUUGCUAUCCAUGCCAUCCUGAGUACUGGCCCAACAAAGAAAAGGACAAAUGUCUUCCAAAAACAGUGGAGUUUCUUGCCUGGGAUGAGAUCCUCAGUAUCAUCCUCGGUGUUUUCUCUUUAGCCGGAGCUUUAGUAGCUUUGAGCAUGGCUUUAGUUUUCUACAAAAACAGGACCUCUCCGAUAGUAAAAGCCAACAACUCAGAGCUGAGCUUCCUACUGCUUUUCUCACUGGCUCUGUGUUUUCUCUGUUCACUUACUUUCAUUGGUCGGCCCACUGAGUUGUCCUGUAUGUUGCGUCACACAGCAUUUGGAAUCACUUUUGUCCUCUGUAUCUCCUGUGUUCUGGGGAAAACAAUAGUGGUGUUAAUGGCUUUCAGGGCAACACUUCCAGGAAGUAAUGUUAUGAAAUGGUUUGGACCUCCUCAACAGAGACUCAGUGUUUUGGGUUUCACUCUUGUACAGAUACUUAUAUGUGUGCUUUGGUUAACAAUAUCCCCCCCGUUUCCUUACAACAAUAUGCAACACUACAAAGAAAAGAUCAUUCUAGAAUGUGGUUUAGGAUCAGCAAUAGGUUUCUGGGCUGUACUGGGUUAUAUUGGCCUCUUAGCUUUCUUUUGCUUUGUUUUAGCUUUUCUUGCCAGAAAGCUGCCUGAUAACUUCAAUGAGGCUAAGUUCAUCACAUUCAGUAUGCUCAUCUUCUGUGCUGUAUGGAUCACAUUUGUUCCAGCUUAUGUUAGCUCUCCUGGGAAAUUUACUGUAGCUGUGGAGAUAUUUGCCAUUUUAGCUUCAAGCUUUGGUCUGAUUCUCUGUAUUUUCGCUCCUAAGUGUUUUAUUUUAGUUUUUAGACCAGAGCAAAAUACCAAAAAACAUUUAAUGGGUAAAGUACAAUCAAAAGCCCUCUGAAACGCACACACACAGCUUUCAUGCCAACAGUUUAAUUUAUAAGACAUUUUUAUUUUAUUGGGUCAACAUUCACACCUGAUAUAGCUUAUAUAUAGUUUUACAGGUUUCUGAUAACAUGUGAAACUUAGCAUGUACUAUGUAUUGUAAAAAAUAAAUAAAUAAAUGAAUGAAAAACUUCAAAUGAAAUAAUAAUAAUAAUAAUAAUAAUAAUAAUAAUACCGGUAUUUAAAGCUGCGGUAGGGAACUUUUGACGCUCUAGCGGUAAAUAAACAGAACUGCUUGUGUCUUGCGGAAGAACAUCAUAGCCGGAACUACUUCUCUCUGUUUAUGUCUAUGAAGAAUCACAAAGGUACUGGGUUAUUCUGCCGCGGUAUCCCCGAAGCAAUCUAAAAUAGUCCGAAUAUAAACACUUAUUAUAGGUGCACCCUAGUGAUUCAGGACAAGCUAAAAACACGGUUUGGAAAGUGGAUUCAUGGUGUACUCGCUUAUUAUAUACAUUUUUCUACAUUUUGAACAAAAAAAAAGUUACGGACCGCAGCUCUGAUUGGUUAUUUUUUACCGGGAGCGAUGGAGUUUCUGCAAAUGGCAAUAGGACCAGUGGGAGGGGCCAGAGGAGCUUGAUUUUUUUUCACAGAUUAUCUGUCUCAUAUUCUACUGUCAGGACAUAAUGACAGGUUUAAUAAAUAUAUAUAAAAAUAUAUUUUUUUUACAAAAGUUCCCUACAGCACCUUUAAUCUUUCAUUAAGCAUGUUUGAGUUUUAGAUAAAUUAAUAAAAUAAGAUUUUAUAUAAUAGUCCAAUAUUUGUGAUGUUUUACAAAUUCAUGUAAAAAAAAAAAACUAUUUGUACCAUUCAUCUUCUUUGGUAGUUUUUCCAUUCACAAAUUAUUUAUACAGUGUUUAAUUAUGUAGAGAUCACGAGAGAAGAAAUAAUGAUCACAUAAAACUAGACCUUUUUAUAAUUGUUGUUGCUGCUGUGAAAUCACAACUGUGGGUGAGAGCUGGAGAAAGAGCACCGCCUGUAGCCUAACCACAUAAAAGUAAGGCAAAACACAACUAUUAAUUCCAUCACGGACAUCUUUACUCAUUACAACAGAACUCUUCCUCUUAAGUCAUUUUCACAAUGGAUUUGUAAGUACCGCAUAUAUUUUAUGGUACUCAUGUCAACAAAUUAAAGCAUUCACACUAGACGCAGAAGUAUUUUAUUUAUUUUUUUUUGUCAAAAUACACAUUGACGUGAAACAUUAUCAAAUUUGCCAUAAAGUGAUUUCUACUCUAACAACCUAUAACUUUCAGCACUGUGAAAAAUUAAUAAAUAAAAUGAAAUAAAAUAAAAUUCCCAAAAACACAUUGCAUGUUGGUUUGCUCAAACCUCAAAAGCAUGUUUUAAUUUAACCUUAAUUGAUCUUUUGCGGGCAUAUCACUGUCUUUGAUAAGUCAUGCAUUUUUUAUUAUUAUUAUUUAUUUAGCUCUAAAAGUAUCAUAUUAUUAUGUAAAAUGAGAAUUUGUUAUGUUUCAUUGAAUAUUUAUUUUACAAAAAAAAAAACAGACAGCCAAAACCUAAAAAAAUCUGAUGACUUUUGGAGACAUAUGGUAGCACAUGAUGGCAUACAAAUAUAGAAAAUAUCAGUAGCCACUAUAUGGCUGUAUAUAGGCUAAAAUCAAAAAACCAU